AUGGGUAGGCUAUGCUACCCGCGCCCUGCCUGGCCAAGGCCCAAAUCGCAAAACACUUUCUCCCUGCCCCUGCUCACACGCCGCCGCCGCAAGCCCCACCGUGCGCGCGCCCGCCCGCCGCCGCCGCGCGCCUCCCCGCCCGCCGCCACGCGCUCCCCCGGCCGCGAGCACGCCCGCCCGCCGCCGCCGCGCUCCUGCCCGCCCGCCGCCGCGCGCCCCCGGCCGCACGGCCGUCUACGGCUUCGCCGCGGCUCCAUGCUUGCCGUGGUUGCGUGGCAUGGACACGGCCGCCUACGCCGCCAGUUCGUACUACUCCGACCGUCCGACGGCGGCGGCGGCGGUGGCGGCAGGAACAGCACUGGCAAGGAGGUGCACGAGGAGGUCCGCGGUCAGGGUGGUGAUGGGGAUGGCUUCCUCUCCUUGGUCAACUCCAGCUCCGGUGGUUAUGGAGCGCCGCCGCCUCAUCAGAUCUCCGUCACACGGCAACCACCCGCAUCGGCACCGGCGCCCGCCGCACUGGCUCCGGCGGCGUCUCCAGUGACGACCACUCAUACUGAAGCAGAGUUUUUCACCGGUCAGUACUACUGCUGCAGAUUAGCUUGCGCCGAUCAUUAUCUACUUCUUUCGUCUCAAAAGCUUGUUAUUCUCAAUUUUCAAUGAGAAACAAUUUUAAAUUUAACCAAAUGUAUACAAAAAAAGUACUAACAUUUAUAAUAACGAAUAAGUAUCAUCAGAUUAACUGUAGAGUGUAUUUUCAUCACAUACAUAAUUUGAAGUCAUAAAUAUUAAUGAUUUAAUCAAAACUAAGGAAUCUUGACUCAAUCUAAACCCAGAAUACAUCUUUAGUUGUACAAGAACCAGUCCACAUCUGACCUAUCUGCAUUGCUAUUAACAUACCAUUUCCCACCUAUGUGCAUUAGCCAUUAGGUUCAGUCUAACCUUUGACUGCCACUGAAAAUGGCAUUUCACAAUCACUGUGCCGGUGGAGCUUCUGUAUCCUUUGAUGGAGGGUCAAAAUAUGAAUGCUAGUGUCACCUCGUUAGGGGUCAUCAGGCAAUGCCAUGUUUUCAAAGCUUGUGUUUCAUUUCUGGGUGUGCCAUUUGACCUACACCGAAUCAGUUACUUGUUACUACUAAUCUCUGUUCAGUUCAGACCUUAUUACUAAAAUAAAAUGUCAUGCUGCUCACACUCACACAUGAGCACAUGACUAGACGACUAGGGGAGAAAGAAAACUGAGGGUUGUUUUCACACUUGACCUCAUAUUUGUGAGGUAAAUCUCUGUUCUACUUCUACCAAGGGGUAACAAAAUUAAAGA